AGCGCCAUGUCGGCUAUAACAAAGGCUUCUACAGGCCAUUCAUAACAUCUCGCUUAAAGAAAUGGCUGAAGAUGAUAUUCGACUGGAAGAUAGUCUGCCAGAAUACGGGUGGCGAAUUAAACUCGAUCAUACUUUUCCGCAAAAACCACGGCCAAGCAAGUUGCCGAGAUGGAGACAGCUUCCAAAGCUGGUCGGCCUUGGCUAUCGGUUUAUGAAAUAUGCUACAAAAGAGAAAAAAGAAGGAAGAGUGCCUUUUAUAGACCCUUAUAAAAUGAAUCCUUGUCGUCAAGUAUACGGGGUUCCGCUCGGUGGUAUUGGAUGUGGUUCCAUCGGUCGUGGUUGGAAAGGGGAUUUUAAUCGAUGGCAGUUAACACCUGGAAUGUAUUCGUAUGAUACUGUCCACGCAGAUCAGUUUGUCGUUUGCAUAAGAAGAAAAGGGAAAACCGUGUAUCAGCAAGUACUAUCUCCACAAUGCACAUCAAAUGGUCUGCUCUAUGGACACAAUUUAAAAUCAUGGAACUGGGGUUUCAAUGGUGCAAAUGCAAUUUAUCACGCAUUGUAUCCAAGGGCAUGGACAGUUUAUGAAAUACCAUCACAGCGAAUACGGCUGAUUUGCAGGCAAAUAUCUCCUAUCUUCCCAAAUGAUUAUAAGGACACCAGUUUGCCAGUAGCCGUGUUUAUAUGGACAGUUCAAAACUACGGAAAAGAAGAUGCUGACGUAAGCAUCAUGUUCACAUUUCAAAGCGGUGAAGGGAAACCCGAUGAUGCAAGUUAUGGACAUUACAACGAGCCGUUCACGUGCAAAGGCAUCCAUUCUGAAGUGGGAAAUGAACAGAAAGCUGGACAAGGCAGCAGAAGUCAUGUGAUAACUUGUGAUGUCACUGGUGUACUACUUCACAGAAACGCUGAUCCAGCCUGCACGUACGUCAUCGCAGCCAAAGCCAAACAUCAGGAAAACAACCCGCUUGUUCGUGUUACAUGGAAAACCAUAUUUGAUGCAAAGAGCCCGGGAAGGCGACUUUGGCAAGACUUACACGAAGAUGGCCUGUUAUCCUCUAAUCCAGAUCCAAGUCAUCGGAGCAAUCCUGGCGAGGCACCAGCAGCAGCUGUUGCAGCUUCAGUCACUGUCCCCGCUGGAGAGCGUAGAACGUUAGAAUUUUCACUCGCCUGGGAUAUGCCUAUCGUUUACUUUGGGUCGAAGAGAUUAAAACACUACAGAUGGUACACGAAAUUUUUCGGUUACCAUGGAAACGCUGGUUCGACGCUGGUCAGCCAUGCCUUGAGAACUUACACAGAGUGGGAAAGUAAAAUCGAUGAAUGGCAAGAGCCAAUAUUGAGGGAUAAAAACCUCCCUGCUUGGUACAAGUCUGCAAUAUUUAAUGAACUUUAUUUCAUUGCGGACGGUGGGACAAUUUGGUUGGACGUGGCGAAAGAAGAGAGCAGAAAUAUCGAGGUCAAAUAUCUGCCGGAAGUUGUUAAAAAUUACGGGAGAUUUGCGUAUCUUGAAGGUCAUGAGUAUCGAAUGUACAACACGUACGAUGUCCAUUUCUACGCAUCAUUUGCCCUCAUCAUGCUCUGGCCGAUGUUGCAACUAAGUCUUCAGCACGAUAUCGCGGAUUAUGUCAACAAGAGUGACCUUAAACAACGUUUGACGAUGAUGAGUGGAAGAUCGUGUCCUAGGAAGGUUCAAGGUUGUGUGCCACAUGACAUCGGCGAUCCAGAUGAUGAACCCUGGACAAAUAUAAAUGCUUACACAAUUCACGACACUUCUGAAUGGAAAGAUCUUAACCUUAAAUUCGUACUGCAGCUUUAUCGUGAUUAUGUUUUCACUGGCGAUCUUCAAUUCCUUGAUGACCUCUGGCCUGUAGCAAAGACGGUUAUGGCGAAAGCAGUAAGUCAGGACUCGGACGGUGAUGGAUUGAUCGACAACUCGGGCUUUGCUGACCAAACAUAUGACGCCUGGAUUGUGUCGGGAGCUAGUGCGUACUGCGGAGGCUUAUGGUUGGCAUCGCUUCGUACAAUGUCUGAAAUUGCCAAAGUUCUUGGCUACCCUGAAGAUAUUAAGAAAUAUAACAACAUCCUACAACGCGGAAAGAAAGCUUAUGAGCGUAAACUAUGGAAUGGUCGCUAUUAUAAUUACGAGUUCAGUAAACGGCGAUAUCAUAACAGUAUUAUGGCAGACCAAAUGGCAGGACAAUGGUAUCUCAAGGCCUGUGAAAUUGGACAGCAUCCGAAUGACAGGGUUUUCCCAAAAGCUCACGUGAUCAGUGCACUGACAACAGUAUUUGAGUACAACGUGCUGAGAUUCCACAAUGGUAGACUUGGAGCCGUGAAUGGUAUGAGGCCCGAUGGAAAGGUCGACACCAGCAGUGUUCAAGCAGAGGAAGUAUGGACUGGUAUCACAUACGCCGUAGCAGCUUCCAUGAUACAAGAGGGAUUGGUAGAGGAAGGCUUUCGGACAGCAUGUGGAGUUUACCGAAGCUGUUACGAGAGAUUUGGAAUGUCCUUUCAGACCCCCGAGGCAUACACUGGGAACGGUCGUUUUCGUUCCCUAGGCUACAUGCGACCGCUGAGCAUAUGGGCUAUGCAGUGGGCGUGGGAGAAAAGGUCACAGAAAAAAUACGGUACGCAAUCCUUGAGUCCAGCUUCUUCGCCGUGUGCAAACGAGUUCUAUCUGUUGAACGGGUAUUCGGAACACGAAGAACACAACAACGUGUUCAUCUGGGAGGAUCUUUCCCUAAAUGUGAGUCCAGUAGAUACCCCAGAGAGGAAGCUCUCAGCGGGGGACUUGACGUCGCCCCUCGAUGAGGACUUUUAUGUCGAUGCAUAUAGUGACUUUGAGGAUUACCCAAGUAUUGGGGUCCGAGCAAAGUCUGAUGGGGAUUUGAACCGAAGUUUGACACUCUCUUCGGGUUCUUCAAGAAUGUUCCGACCAGGCACAUCGACCAGCGGUGAGUUCGCGGAAAACGGAGAAACCUCAGAUUGUUUUCACGAAAGCAUGCCCGGAUAAGACGUAAAAAACAGCCAAUAUCGUAUCGCUACACUAAGCCGGUUUUCCACUAGGCGGAAUUUUUCGAUCGAACGAUCUUUUCAAUUAUGACCGGUGAAGGGAAUCCGCUAUGGCAGAAUUAUCACAAUUCAAAAGAAUAUCAGCCGGAAAACUUCGUUCCGCCGAAAAAUUUCGCGUAGUGGAGAACCGGCUUUAGUUCUGUAUGAAGUCGCCGAGACAUUAGAGACGUUUGGCUUCACGUUUACGACAACCCUCUAACGGCAAACAGAAAAAUUCAUUUCGAAUUUUCAAAACAAAUGCUAGGUUUCGGAGGCCGAGAAAAUUGGCCCAUUAUUCUCAAACGUAUAGAGUAACUACUGAGACAAAUUGUGGGCGAGAAAGUGCCAAAAAUCUAAUUUUAAAUGUUAUUUGAAAAUAGCUGUUCGCG